AUGAUCGAAGUUCUCUUGAACGAUCGCCUAGGCAAGAAGGUCCGGGUCAAGUGCAAUGAGGACGAUACCAUUGGGGAUCUCAAGAAGUUGGCCGCGGCCCAAUUGGGAACGAGCUGGGAAAAGUUGAGAAUUCAGAAGUGGUAUACUGUAUACAAAGAUCACAUUACUCUAGAAGAUUACGAAAUUCACGACGGAAUGGGUCUGGAGCUGUAA